UGUUAUUGUCGUUAAAAAAAAAUGUGAGUGUAUGUAUGUGUGCGUGUGUGUGUGUGACACUACAACGUAACUAUGCAAGGACGGAAAUAUUUCGGACGUGAAAAGAAAAGAGGAAUCUCUUUCUGACGAGGUUUUCACGAGAGAUUUUCCGCCCAACUCACAGAGUUCCUCUGGAGUGAGAGAUCAUGGGCCGACUGGAUGAUGCUGCCAAACACAAAGUAGUGGAGCUGCGGAAGGCUGGUCUGAGUUUCCGUAAAAUAAAAGCUGUGCUGGAGCUGGAGAACAUCAAGGUAUCUGCCCAGGCCAUCUACCUGUUCCUGAGGGAGUUUCAAGGCAGGCCGCCAGGUAGGGUUCGACCCGUGGAAGCUAGAAGCAGCACAUCGCCAGCGCAGGUGCAGCCUCGAGCUGGGGUAGUACAAGAGAGCUGGAGUAAUAUUCAUCUCCAAAAUCUUCUGCGGGAGGCAUCUCACCAUGCUGGCUUUACAGCAGCUGCAAAUUUUCCCAAGAACACUUCCACAAAUCCGGAUACUGGUGCAAAGCCAUCUGGGUCUGGGGAGACCAGUGGAGGCAAGAGGCCAGAACAGCAGCACGAGGGAGAUAAGGAAGAAAAUGACAUCCAGAUUGUUAGUGUCACCUCCCUUGCACAGAACAGCGAACAUAGAACUCCCCAGUCCAUUGUUACAAGGGCCGAGGCAGGCGCUGUGCCUUCCACGGUAACAGUUUCAGGAGCACUCAUGAGGAGGAGAGUCACUCCUUCUCCAGCCACAAAUUCAAUGCUGGCAGCUCGAAAGAGGCUUUUGGAUAAAGCUCUCUCACACAGGAUGAAGUCAUUCCACCAGGUGGCAUCCUUGUUGAGGAGAGAUCACUUGAGUGUCCAAGGUGCUGAUAUGAGAAGUGCAGUGCAACAGCCACCUGAAACUUAUGAUCUGACCACUGAAAAGAGUGUUAUGGAAGGUCAGCCUGGAGGCGGUAGCGCCCCCAGGCGUUUUGUCACACAGAGACCGGGUCUCUCCGUCCGUUCACUUCAUCCUCUCCCCCGGGUUGGCAUUCGUCUUCCUAAUCGGUCACCGUCACCUUUAACAUCCUCGGCUCCAGGGGUUGCCGUCAUCCGACUACAGACCCCUGGAGGCCAGGGCGCCACUCGUAGCGAGGGGAACCCGAGCCCCCAGCAGGCAGUCCAGGAUGCCGGAGGGAGAGGUGGUCUGCAGGAUCAGAUUCAGACCCUGGGCUCUGAGGUGCGCAGCUUGGGUCUGGCGGUGAAGAUGCUGGUGGAGCAGCAGUGCCGCCUGGAGAGGGAGCAAGUGCAGCAGACUCACAUUCAGAAGCAGAUCCUCAGCACUCUUCAGAGUUUUGCCUCUAAACUUGGACGUUGUAGCGGUAUUCAACAGCAGCACAACAAAACUCCAUCACCCUCUGAUUUACAAACAGUUUCUGCAUCUACUUCCUUCAGCCAAGACACCUUCAACUUCAGUCAAGGCACGUACAGUCAGUGCAGCCAAACCCAGCCAAGCUAUAACUCUUUGGAGAGUUUAGAAAAUGUUGAGGCCUUUAAACUGCCAGGACUGAGCCCUUCAAGCAUGAAUGGGUUUCCACCGUGUAGCAAUGCUGAGAACCUCCAACUUACCCACACUCCCCCUCAAACACAACCGUAUGCAGCUGCUUACCAACAGCAAAACUGUCAAGCACUCAUGCCACCUUACACGCAGUCCUAUGUCUCUACAUACAACCAGUCACAUUCUCAGACUUUCAGAGGGUCAGAGAGUAAAACGUCUGAUUUCCCAAGCAGCUGUUCAGCAAGGACUCUCCAGGACUGCAGUGUGUCCACCCAGCCACAGGAUCAACAGAUCAAUAUUGUCAAAGUGGAAGGACCUUAGAGGGCUUCAGAUGCCACUGUGUUUUGGGACCAUAAGGGCUUAGGUGUGCUUUUUUUAAGAGUUGCUUUGGAAUACUUAUUUAAGUCACAUGUUUUUACAAUGAACACAUGCUGUAGCAUUUUUUAAAUUAAUUUAUUUCCAAAGUACAUUUGAAGAGAAUACAAACAGCAAUAGAAUAAAGGCAUUACAGUGCUUUAAUAAUGAAAAUGUGUUUAGGAUUUAUUUGUCUUUACUAUGGACAAUAAUUACAGAAUUACAGAAAAUGAUAAGUUAUGUGUUUUAUUUAAGACUAUGUUUAUUUUGUAUCUGUUAUUUUUCUGUCACUAGGAUUGGCAUUACAAACUUAAGUUUCAUACCUCUAUGCUAACUGAUAAAAAAUAAAAAGAUUAUUAUGAUCCAAA